GGCUGAUCGGAAUAUCGUCAGAGGAUGGCCGGAAGGUUACCAAAGGAUGGUUUGGGGCAGAUCAGAACAUCGCCGGAGGAUGGUCGGAGGACAAAUUUGAACGUCAACGGAGGAUGGCCGAAGAGUUGCCAGAGGAUGACCGAGAGAGGUUGUCGGAGGACAACCGGAAGGACAAAAAGUCUCAAGAGUUCCAAUGUAGAGGAUCCAUCGUAUGA